AUGGACUCUAAGCCGAUUGGCACGCAAAUUGAGACCGUCAUGGAGAAGAAAGAUGACGUUGAGAGCAGGAUCGGAGCUGACUAUUCCGGAGCUGUGGGAAAAGCUAGCGAGGAAGAAAUUGCGCUGGUUAGGAAGCUCGACUAUCGCAUCAUGCCAAUCUUGUGGUGCAUGUACUUUCUCAAUUAUCUUGACCGAAAUGCUAUCGCACAAGCGCGACUGAAUCAUCUCGAAAAGGAUCUCUGUCUCAAAGGUUCUGAGUACAAUACGUGCAUCUCGAUUCUUUUCGUGGGUUACCUACUGAUGCAAGUUCCUUCAAAUAUGCUCAUGUCUAGUGGGCGCAUCCGCCCAUCCGUGUGGAUGUGUCUCUGCAUGAUGGGUUGGGCCGUUGUGUCAGCAUGCACGGCGGCUGCCAAAAAUUAUACCCAUUUGGUACUUGUUCGCUUCUUCCUGGGUGUCACAGAAGCCCCAUACUAUCCUGGCGCGCUCUAUAUGCUAUCGUUGUUCUACACGCGAAAAGAGAUUGCGACGCGACUUUCCAUCUUGUACUCUGGAAAUAUUUUUGCAACAGCGUUCUCCGGGUUGAUUGCGGCUGCCACAUUCUCCACCAUCGACGGCGCUCAUGGUAUUAGAGGCUGGCAAUGGUUGUUCAUCAUAGAAGGUGUUCUGACUUUUGGUAUGGCAAUAAUUGGUCUAGUACUGCUCCCUGACGCCCCUCUUAAGACAUGGUGGCUCAAUCAUGAGGAACGUCAGCUUGCGCAUGAUCGUAUAGCUCGAGAUACUGUGGGCCUUGAGGAGAGCAAAGGAGCUCGUGCCGGUUUCAUGCAAGCAAUCAAGGACCCAAGGCUAUACUUGCUCUGCUUUAUCCAAAACAUGCACCUGUCUGCAUGCGGCUUUAAUAACUUCUUUCCUACAGUCGUUGGCACUCUUGGAUUCAAUAAUACGAUUACACUCGUUUUGACGUGCCCGCCGUAUCUUGUCUCCGGAUUUUUUGGAUUUGCCGUCGGUUUAUCAUCUGGUAGAUUCAACGAGAGAACUUGGCAUGUAACUGGCAGUAUGGGAUUGGCAAUGAUCGGGUUCAUUAUUGCUUGUGUUACGAUGAACACAGCAGCGCGAUAUGUGGCGUGCUUUAUGUUUGCUAGCGGCGCCUAUGGCGUCAAUUCUGUCAUUCUUGGAUGGGUAUCAGCGACAUUAGGCCAAACACAGGAAAAGAAGGCUGCCAGUUUAUCCAUUGUCAACGUCAUUGCAAAUGCAUCUUACAUUUAUACUGCAUACCUUUAUCCGAAGAGCGAUGGUCCCAAAUAUUUGACUGGUAUGGCUAGUAACGUCGCAUUUGCAUUUGCAACUAUUGCAGGUAGCUGGGUCCUGAGGCUUUGGCUUCAGAGCACGAACAAGAAGCUUAGAGCUAGUGGUAGCGUAUUGCAGUACGCCUACUAG